AUGGACACCAUAUACGAACCACAACCAGACAACACAUAUCCACCUACGAGAAAAAAGAAAGAAGUCAUCAUGCCAUCAAGAAGGGUAGCGGUGAAGAAACAGAGGGAGACACAUAAGAGGAAACCACAAACGGACAACGAACCAGAAGACAUCAUCACACUAAUAGAACCGAUGACGGCGAGUAUAUGGGGAUCCCAAUUAGAUAACGCGAACAACACAUAUGUGCCAACAAAGCUACUGGAUAAAAACACAGAUCGAAGGGUGAUAAAGGGUAUUGACUAUA